UCGCUUCCCGAGCGGCCGCUCACCGUGCGCCGGGCCCGGGGGUGGGGUCGGUGGCUUGGCUGUCCGUGGCCGUUGAACCGCUCUCGAUGGCUGAGGUGGAUCCGUUCGGCGCCCCGGCCGGCGGCCCCGCGCUGGGGAACGGGGUGGCCGGCGCGGGCGACGAGGACCCGGCCGCGGCCUUCUUGGCGCAGCAGGAGAGCGAGAUCGCGGGCAUCGAGAACGACGAGGCCUUCGCCAUCCUGGACGGAGGCACUCCGGGCUCCCAGCCGCACGGCGAGCCGCCGGGGGGUCCGGAUGCUGUUGAUGGAGUGAUGAAUGGCGAAUAUUACCAGGAGAGUAAUGGUCCAACAGACAGUUAUGCAGCUAUUUCACAAGUGGAUCGAUUGCAAUCAGAGCCUGAAAGUAUCCGUAAAUGGAGAGAAGAGCAGACGGAACGCUUGGAGGCCCUGGAUGCCAACUCUCGGAAGCAAGAAGCAGAGUGGAAAGAAAAGGCAGUAAAGGAGCUAGAAGAGUGGUAUGCGAGGCAGGACGAACAGCUACAGAAAACAAAAGCAAACAACAGGGUGGCAGAUGAAGCUUUCUACAAACAACCCUUCGCUGACGUGAUUGGUUAUGUCACAAACAUAAACCAUCCUUGCUACAGCCUAGAACAGGCAGCAGAAGAAGCCUUUGUAAACGACAUUGAUGAGUCGUCCCCAGGCACUGAGUGGGAACGGGUGGCCCGGCUGUGUGACUUUAACCCCAAGUCCAGUAAGCAGGCCAAAGACGUCUCCCGCAUGCGCUCUGUGCUCAUCUCCCUCAAGCAGGCCCCCCUGGUGCACUGAAGAGCCCAUGGAAACAUCUGCAAUAUCUUAAUCCUACUCAGUGAAGCUCUUCACAGUAAUUGGGUUAAUUAUGUUGAGUUCUUUUGGACCAAACCUUUUGUCUGUAGAGUUGAUCAUUGUUUGUGAUUGCAUGUUUCCUUCCUGUGUCCUCCCCGGCAUUCAGAGAGGAGGGGAGGCGGCAGAGGGAUGAGGGGACGCCUCCCAGCGGUGGCCUCAGCCUGUGCUUUUUGUGCAUUAUUCUGAAAAUAAAUUUCUGUUUCAAGCAAUAACACAAA